AUGAAAGAACUCCCCGCGUCGUUCGUGGCGCGAUGUCCGAGUUUCGCGCAGGAUACAAACGCCAGAUUAGUGAGGAAAAUUGAAGAGAGUAAUUACUCCACGCCGUUGAUCUUUGCAGCCGCGGCGGGGUAUACAGAGGUUGUGCGCGUGCUGUGUGAGCAUCCGGAUCGGGAGAAUAAUAUUGAUUGGGAAAAUGAGAGUGGGGGAGCGAAGAUGGAGCGGAUGACGAAGACGCAGGUGAAUAUCAUUCAUGAUGCGACGGAGGUAGAACAGCCUGAAGGUCCGUUGCGAUUGCUGGUGCAGCAUGGGGUGUCUGUGGAUAAGAGGAUAAAUUAUUAUAGAGACUGGUAUGGUGACACGCCGCUGAGCGCUGCGGCGAAGCGAGGGGGGGCUGCGACGGUGGAGGCGCUGCUGAGGCUGGGCGCCGAUUUAAGGCUGAGUGAGGAACUGGAUCACACGCCGUUGUUUGAUGCGAUUAGGAAUGACAAUGUGGAUUUGGUGAGUCUGUUGCUGGAUAACGGGGGAAUUAUGAUGCCGAGAGGUCGAGAAGAGUGGCCGCCGCUGGAGUGCGCGGCGUAUUAUGGGAGUAUGGAGGUGGCGAACAUGUUGCUUGAUCGGGGGGCAGAUAUCAAUGCACCAGAGACAGGGAAGCUGCUGCUGAAGUACAAGGCGGACGUUAACACGAUGGAUAAAGGCAAAGCGUCCAGAAGAUUCAAGUCCAAGCCCAUUUCGGCACUGGCGUGGGCAGUCUGGUUAGGCCGGGAAGAGAUCGCACGGUUAUUGAUUGAUCAUGGAGCUGACGUGAAUACGAUGGGAUGGGGGCGACAAGUGAUGCCCUUGUUGACGGCGACAAUUCUGUAUUCGGAAAAGCGACAUCUCUAUACGAAAAUGUUGCUGGACAACGGAGCGGAUGCGAACGCACUAGAUGACUGGGAAUUCGCCAUUGUACUCAGCACUCGUGAAAGAAUAUACAGAAGUCGUGAGGUGGUUGCUGGAACAUGGAGCGGACGUGAAACAACGGGAUUGGCAUGGUGA